AUGUCAUUUGUAAUUGCUCUAACAAUGAUGGAUUUAUUGAAAGAUUCAGAAAGGAAUGAAAUUAUUUCACAACACAAAAAGGAACUCACCUCACUUGUCAAGAAAUUCCAAUUGACAAAUUGUGUAAUUAUUGAAAGUAGUGCCGAAUUAGAUAUUAAUGUGGAUGCGAUAUUUAAUGAAGCAAUAGAGAGAUGUAAAAAUAAGCAUGUGGAUAGUGUAAAGUUAUUGGAAUCGGUUAUUAAGGAAGAUUACAAAAUAGUAUUUAACAAUUAUGGAUUGAAUAAUCGAUGGUAUUGUAAUAUUUUGUAA